CGGUAGACUUUAGCGUUAUCAUUUCCAAAAUUAAUAUGCAAAUUGCCAUCCCUACCCCCUCUCCCCUUUUGGAAAUUGGAUUCCCGUCGAUCACUGAACUCGGGUCAGACCAGACCAGGCAUGGCGACUGUUCCGAAUCUGUCUCUAUUUCUCUCUCCGCCGCAACCCAGGCGACGUCCACCGCUCGCUUCCCGCGGUUAUCGUCUCUCACUCGUCUUCCCUGUCACUUCACCAUCUCUGCUUAGCGUUUCUCAUUUUCGCCGGAAGGGAAUGCCGGCGAUCUCUUCUCUCCCGGCGAGUUCCUUGAUUUCAGAUGCAGAACAGGUCCCGAUUCCCCCGGGAAUAGCUACCGCGUCCGGCGAUGGGGCUUCGAUUGUCAUUUCUGCUCUGUUUCUCACUGCAUUCAUUGCGUUGUCCGUUCUCACUGCCGGGGUUAUCUAUUUGGCUGUAACAGAUUUCAUUCAGAGGAGGGAGAGCGAAAAGCUUGAAAAAGAAGAGGCGUCCAAGAGGAAGAAGAAGAAGGAGAAAGAGAGCAGGAGAAGGGGGAAGGUCUCGAGCAGAGCUAAAUCCGGACCUCUAGGGUUUGGACAAAAGAUUGUGGAUGAAGAUGAUGAGGACAAUUGACACUUUUCAAACAUUGAAGAUGAAGCCUCCAUUUUGAAGCUCAAUGAUAAUAUGGAAACAUGGCGAGCAUUUGUGACACAUGAAACAUUAGAAGCACAAUGUUGGUGAUUAUUUGUAAAGAUUGAUCAGGUUCUUGAGAAGCCAAUGAAGACAUUAACACAAUUAUGAACAAAAUUGGAGGCCAAGGAUGAUAUCAACACAUCGGAGAGAUAUUCAAUGCGAGUCGGAAUUUCAGAGUGGGACGGAGGAAGUAUUAUAUAAGUUAUUACGGAUUACUAAGCCAGUAUAACUUUGUCUAUAAAAUGGAUGGAAAUGAUAGUACAAAGUUUGGGGAAAGAAAGCCAUGAAUGACUUUAAACGUCGCAAUCUAUUUUUGUCCAAAAAUAAAUUACAUUACGUUGU